CUUCCAAAUCAAAACCCUAUUAAAAUCCAAAUUCCAGAAGAUAAUUUCCCGACGACCCUCCUCCAGUUUUCUCUCUCUAAAACCUUCUCGCACAAGAAUCCUUGUACAGCUACUCAUCAAUUGUAUAUAUAUAGCUGACUAUAUAUCUAGAUAGAAUCUGGAAGAAGAAGAAGAAGAAGCAGCUCGAUGAAUACAUCGCAAUUCAUGGACAAACAGAUCAUGGACUUAUCGAAUUCGCACAACAACAACGACUUCAUCGAUCUCAUGAACCCUCCUCACGAACACCGUACUGGCUUUGCCAAGAAGGAUGAGAUCGUGCCCAGCUACGAUUUUCAGCCAAUUCUUCAACAGUCGAAUCUCGAUUCGGGUAAUGUUGGUGAAACUAGGGUUUGGAACUCGGCUGAUUCAAAGACUCAUGCUACUGGUAUUGGCAUCAGAAAUUAUAGUUCUCUCGACUCCAUCGAACCUACAAAAGUCAUUUUAGAGAAGGAUUACAAUACCAAUAUUGCAGCUUUAGUAUCUGAGAUCGAUCAAACCAUGAAGAUGCAUGCUGAUGAUCUACUGCAUGCAUUGGAAGGUGUCAGUGCCCGAAUAUCUCAGAUAGAGAGCAGAACUCGCCACCUUGAGAAUUCAGUGGAUGAUUUGAAGGUUUCUGUUGGGAACAAUCAUGGAAGUACUGAUGGUAAACUGAGGCAGAUGGAAAAUAUUCUUAGAGAGGUACAAAGUGAUGUGCAGGUUAUAAGGGAUAAACAAGACAUAUUAGAGGGUCAGCUUCACCUUGCAAAGCUACAAAUGUCCAAGGUAGAGCAGCAGUCAGAUACCCAAAACACCGUGCAAUCUGAUUCUUUGCAGCUAGCUGCAUCUGCUUCUCAGCUGUCUCACCAACAGCUUCCUCCCGCUAUUACACAAUCACCUUCUACCUUCUCUGUGUUGCAGCAGGCAGCAUUUGCUCCUCAGCAGCCUCACCAACAGCUUCCUCCUCCUAUAGUGCAAUCACCUUCUAUGCUUUCUCAACCCAAUGCUCCUCCACCUGCUUCACAGCAGAAUCUACCUCCUUCGGUUCCGCUUCCAAACCAGUUCCCUCCUAACCCAAUCCCUUCUGUGCAUCAGAGAGAGCCAUACUUUCCUCCUCCUAGUCAGAUACAAGAACGGCAAUACCAGUUACCUCCUCCUCAGCAUUUGCAGCCUCCUGUUCCAGCACCACUGCAUCAACAAUAUCAGCCACCACCGCCUCACCCGCAAUGCUGUCAGCCACCACCACAACACCACCCAUCUCUCUCACCAGUUAAUCCUCCUCAACCUCAACCUUCAAUGGGCCACCAUCCAGAUGAAGCACCACCUUAUGCUCCCCCUCAAAACUAUCCACCAAGCCUCCACCAACAACCUCCUCAUCCAACCAGUGGAAACCCUCCCUCUCAUCAGUUCUUUGGUGCUCCAUCCCACAUGUAUGAGCCACCAUCUAGUAGGCCCAAUUCAGGAUUUUCUACUGCAUACGGCCCUUCUUCUGGGCCCAAUGAACUGUACCCUUACAGUGGAUCUGCUUCUCAGUAUGGUAGUGGCUCGAUGAAACAACAACCAUCUUCUGUUGCAGCCCAGGGCGGUGGAACCAGUUAUCCUCGGCUCCCCACUGCUCGUAUAUUACCACAUGCAGUGCCUGCUGCUUCUGGGGUUGGGGGUGGGUCUGGUUCUAGUGGAACGGGUAACAGGGUGUCUAUUGACGAUGUGGUCGACAAGGUAGUUACUAUGGGAUUCUCAAGAGACCAAGUGAGAGCAACAGUUCGAAAGUUGACGGAAAGUGGGCAAUCGGUUGAUUUGAAUGUAGUGUUGGACAAAUUGAUGAAUGAUAGUGAAGGACAGCCCCAGAGAGGUUGGCUUGGUCGGUAAUUUUUUUUUUUUUCUUUCUUCUUUCCUAACCUUGAAUUGUGUAUGGAAAGUACAGUGAGCAUUAGCUUGGUGAGUUGGGUAUUGUACCCCCUUGAAUUGCUUUUUUAUUUUAUCAUCAUAAUAAUAUGAAUGAUCCUAUUUUUCUCUCAA